AGGCGUAUAGGGAAGUGGCGCCCUCUACGUGCCCUCCGCGGGAAAGGGAAGCGACUCGGCGCAUCGCGCAUCUGCAAAUGGACAGGCAUUGAGUAAUAAAGGAGGCACUGUUCGAGCGAACGCUUCUUCACGUGCCAACUGUCUUCGUUCGUCGAUCUGAAUGUAAGCUUCUCUUGGGGAAAAGAUGUCUGCUGAUCUGGGAGGCCAGCAAGCAGAAACUACAAAACUCGUCGAGGCCCUAACGCGUUCCGGAAAGCAAGCUGUCGAUCCCGAAAUCAUGAAGAAGCUCAAGGCGCUAUGCAGAACAUCGGAUGAUCUGCUGAAACACGCCCACUACCUCCUCCGUCUCGAGCUGCAAAAGGAUGACGCCAACGUGCGCUACUGUGCUCUGCUCGUAGUCGACGAGCUGUUUCGUCGGUCACACAUUUUUCGCACUUUAAUCCUGGGUGACCUCCAAAGUUUCUUGGAGUUGGUUCUGGAGACUAACCCUGAUCUUCCACUGCCUGCUCCUGUGAGCACGGCGAAGGAACUGAAACGGAAAGCAGCGCACAUCGUGGGAUGCUGGCAGGAACAAUUUGGACCGAGCUACAGAGUACUAGCACUGGCAGCUAAUUUCCUCAGGCGCUGCAAGCAUGUCGCUCUAGGGUCGGACCCCACUGAGGCCAGGAUCGAGCGCAACAAUGCUGAACGACUCCUGAGCGACAUUUCGGAACGUACGCCCGAGGUUGAAGCCCUCCUGACUCAGCUGGAAAACUGUCUCGAGCUAAUAGUUCCGCCUCCCGAUUCCUGUGAUGGCUGUGGAGUAAGCGUGCCAGAGUCCGCAAGUGAUGUGGCGGCCACGGGCCACGGCAAUGACUUGAACGCUCACGGAAUGGGACCAACGUUCUCGCUGGAGGUCUCUCUCGAGCCUCGAGUGUUUGCGUCGGGCGACAACGCUGUCCUGCUUCAGACGUUAGCCGACCAGAGGCGUGAACUGUCAUCUGUUUUUCUGCCACGAGUGAAGAGGUGGCUGCAGUCGCUGGCCAAGAUCAGCCACCCCGCUGUCUCCGAAGCGCUGCGCUCCACCAUAGAUCUGAAACGGCGUUUGGAAGCUGCUCUGAACAAGUGUAACGAGUUACAUAUUGAAGAGGAGGCUUCUACGGACGACGACCUCGACGAGGUGCCCGAGAAGGAAGGCUUUGAGCCCGUAAUCCCUCAACACCGCAGGGCCGAAUAUGGGCUGGACCCUUUGCCGUGUGAAGUAACGUCAGCUCAGUCUGUGGCUAAAGAAUGGUCGCUGUGCGGUGAAGACGAGGAGGCCUCCGACCCCACAUCUCGCCAGGCGCAGUUACAAAAACUUGCCCAAAAACUGGCGACAUCGUCGAACUCUGGCAGCAUGGAUGCAGCGAGUGUCGGUUCAAACGAACCCAUUUCGGUCGCCGGUCCUAGCAGGGCCAGCGACGUUUCGGGGACAACUGGGACGACUUCCGGCACAGCAGGAGGUUCAAAGAAGGACGUAGCCCCUCGGCGACAUUAUGAUUUGGACCUCUAUUACUGGGAAGACGAGAACAUUGAAGCUCCCAGUCUGACCAGGAGCCAGGACUUGCAUAAUUUUUGGUCUGCGGCUGAGCUCAGAGACGCCCCAGAAACUGCGCCCGAAGAAUGGAGCGCAGCCCUGCGCCAGCGGCGCAUAGAUUUCAGUGGGGAGUUCGUGCCUGUCAAGUGGUCUUGCAGGGCGCCGCUGCCCAGUGGCAAGCUCUGUCCUCGCAGAGACAGGUAUAAGUGUCCCUUCCACGGGCCCAUCGUGCCUCGUGAUUCGAUGGGACAACCUCAAGGCGAGGAAGCCUCCAAGGUAGACGAGAAGCGGCAGAAAGCUUCGCGACCAGACUGGCAAGACCCUGGCUUGUUGAGAGACUUGGAAGCUGCAACGGGGGUUAAUCUGGAAGUGGGGAAAACCAGCAAGGGGAAACGGAAGAAGAAGUCUGUUGCACCAGAAAGCCCUCGAAAACGGUUGGAGAAAAAGAUCUUCAACAAGCGCUCCGUACAACGGGUUGCUGGUGCACUGGAUACUAUCGACAGCAGGAAGUUUGAAGACAAGUUUGGCAAUCAGUGGAACUAUGCGUUUAACACCUGACCAUAGCAAGAUGCAGUCAGCCACGUAGCUGCCACCCUAAGGAAAGGUUAACAACGUCCUCACGCGGACGAGGAGCAAGGAUUUCACGUACAACAUCUAAAAGAUCGAGUGUAAAGGAAGUGUCGAGAAGUGUCUAGCAUUUCUGCGUUGGCUCUCUCAUCGUAAACCACGUCUUUUGCUCUCGGGGGAGCUCCACUGGCCACAAGCCACGCACAGUGUCUACACGUAGCACGCUAAUACCCCAAAUGCACUGCCGGACACAGCGUUGAUCGCUGCCCGAUCACGACAAACCUGUUCGAUGGACCUGCGCUGUCCGCACUUGACGUUCGGGAUCCUGUUACACAUUUCAUUUGCAUU